CCCUCCCGAGCGCCGCGCGGCCGCCGCCUCCUCCGCCUCGUCCUGCUGCUGCUGCUGUUCUUGAUCCUCGGUCUCCGUCCGUCCGUCCGUCCGUCUGUCCGGCCCGGCCCGCGCAGCCCCGCAGCGGCCUCGCCGUCCCCGCCUUCGCGCGUCCGCCCAGCCCGGCCCGGCCACAGCAUGAGCGGCCUCCGGGUUUACAGCACCUCGGUCACCGGUUCCCGGGAGAUCAAGUCCCAGCAGAGCGAGGUGACCCGCAUCCUGGAUGGGAAGCGGAUCCAGUACGAACUGGUGGAUAUCUCCCAGGACAACGCCCUACGGGAGGAGAUGAGGACCCUGGCUGGGGACCCCAAGGCCAUCCCACCCCAGAUAUGCAACGGGAACAAAUACUGUGGGGACUAUGAACUCUUCGUGGAGGCUGUGGAACAGGACACCCUGCAGGAGUUCCUGAAGCUGGACUGACCCCGCCCCACCCCCCCAGCCUCAUAGACUGACCAAUAUUCCCUCUCCCCACUUCCUCUCCCAGCCAUGAAGGACCCUGGGACCAAUUUCUAUACCUGAACUGUAUAUCCAGGUUCCAGUUCCAGAUCCCCAUACAGCUAAUCCUAGAUCCCAUCUCCCCCUCCGUGGCCCUGUGCCCACAUGUCCUUGUACUCCUCCCCUGACCCUCCAUCCUCUCCUUUCCUGGGUAUAACUCAACCUCUUUUCCCUUUCUCAUUCCUGGACUUCUGCCAUUCCAUUCCCUUUAGGCUACAUUCCAUGCCCAUCAGUCUUAGAAACUGCCCCAAGUAUCUGUGUUCUUCCUCUCCUCAUUCCUCAGUCUGCAGGGGGUCCCUCCAGGGAGGGAGCCUCCCUCCUGCUGCUACCCCUCCCAAAGGUGGCCGCUUGGUGACAAGCUUACAGUGGGGCCUAGUGCCCCAUUGGGGACCUGUCACAGGUCCUGUUCUUCAGUGGCCUCUCUUCCUGAGGAGCGAUUAAAGUUCCAGUUGACUUGGA